UCCCAGACAGACACCGAGUUUCCGUGGUCAACAACGUCCUCACCAUUUCCCAAGGAUGUUCCUCCAUCCCCAAACUCUCACCUGCUCUUGCUGCUGCCACUCUCGGGCCAAGUGAGUCUGUGCCAGGGAUAUACAUCUUCAGCAUCACCAGGAAAGGCAACUCGAACAGGGAGGGGGCCCCUUGCAACAAGAAUGAUACAGGUGAUUUGAUGAAUAUUUCAUAAUAGCUGGGAACCCAGGAUCCUGUGGAUAGGCCAUGAUAUCUUCAAAUCACACAAUCCAGGAACCCCUUGUCUUCUUUCUCCUGGGCAUUCCAGGCUUGGAGUCAAUCCAUCUAUGGCUCUCCAUACCUGUGUGCUGCUUGGGUGUGGUUACUAUUGUGGGUAAUAUAACCAUCCUGGCUGUGGUUGCCACUGAGCCUGCCCUGCAUAAGCCUGUGUACUUCUUCCUCUGUAUGCUCUCCGCCAUCGACCUGUUUACAUCAGCCACCACAUUGCCUAAACUUCUGGCCAUCCUGUGGUUUGGGGCUGGGCAUAUUGCUGCUGCUGCCUGCCUGGCCCAGAUGUUCUUCAUUCAUGCCUUCUGUAUGAUGGAGUCCACAGUGCUGCUAGCCAUGGCUUUUGAUCGUUAUGUUGCCAUCUGUGACCCACUGCGCUAUGCCACCAUCCUUACUGACACAGUCAUUUCUUGGAUUGGCUUGGCUGCUGUGCUACGUGGUUCACUGCUGAUGUUUCCCUGCCCCUUUCUUAUUGGGCGCCUGAGCUUCUGCCACAGCCAUGUGAUUCCACACACAUAUUGUGAACAUAUGGCUGUGGUGAAGUUGGCUUGUGGGAACACCAUACCCAACCAUGUGUAUGGUUUGAUAGUAGCAUUGCUUGUCAUCGGGGUUGACUUGCUCUGCAUUGGUCUCUCUUAUGCACUCAUUGCACAAGCUGUACUCCGUCUCUCAUCCCGUGAAGCCAGAGCUAAGGCCCUGGGAACCUGUGGCUCCCACAUCUGUGUCAUCCUCAUCUCCUACACACCUGCCCUCUUUUCCUUCUUUACUCAUCGCUUUGGACACCAUGUCCCACUUCACAUCCAUAUUCUCCUGGCAAAUGUUUACCUGCUGUUCCCAGCAGCACUCAACCCCAUUGUCUAUGGUGUUAAGACCAAAGAGAUCCGAGAUCGAGUAGUUAGGGUGUUUUUGAGAGGCCAGAGUUCUGGGGACAAAGGAGUAGGGUGA